UUGGACAUAAACUGGGCACUUUCUGAGUCCGGCCGAGUUGUACUCAGCUUAUACGUCAACCGACUCUACCUCGGUCUGCUCGUAUUGCCGGCCGCCGUCUUUACAACGGUAUGCGCGGUGCUGCGCUAUCACAUUUUCAUCUGGACAGUGUUUGCGCCCCGCCUUAUUUACCUUAUUGCUUUUCACACCUUCUUUUUGCCCUCAAUCUUCUUUUUCGGCAUGCUUAGGCGGUAA